UUCCCGCGGCAACAAACGCGGCUUCGCCCAUUCUCAUUUCUCUCUCUCCAGAAAAAAAUAUACAUUUAUAUUAUAUUUUUUAUCAAUAAAAAAUCAAACGAAUAAAAUUUUCAUUUUCUUUUGUUUUUCUCGCUCUUGUUUCUCGGGAAAAUUGAUUUCACCGUAGUAGGAGCCAAGAAAAAUUCCGAACCCGUGAACUCUUUUUCCUACUACAAAUGCAAUUUCUCUCUCUCUCUCUCCCACACUCUCUCUGCUAAAGUCGCAAACACAACCACGACACACUGUUUCUGAAGUGAAGCAAUGAAGUUUCAGCCUCAGAUCUCGUGCUGAAUCAUCGAUCCGAGAGAGAGAGAUAGAGAGGAGUUGGAUUAUUGAUUCAUGGAACCGCGGAGAUGAAGUUCUACAUAUCGACGAGGGGGAUAAAGAGAGUGACGAUAUCGAACAGUGAGGGAAAGGGAUCGGCGAAGACGACGGCGGUGGCGGCCGGCUCCGGUCGCCGGAUAUCGGCUCGGACGGUGUUUCCGGUGGUGCUGGUGCUCGGGAUCGUGCUGCCGUUUCUGUUCGUGAGGAUCGCGAUCUUGAUGCUGGAAUCUGCUGCGGCGUGUUCCUCAUUGGAAUGUGCUGGGUGGAGGUUUUUCAGUGGAGUCGACACGUCCCUGGAACUCAGAGAUGAGCUGACCAGAGCGCUAAUAGAGGCAAAUGAUGGUAAUGUUAAUGAGGGAGCAGGGUCGUUCAAUGAACUUGUGAAAGAGAUGACCUCAAAACAAGACCUUAAGGCUUUUGCUUUCAAGACCAAAGCCAUGCUAUCACAGUUGGAACGCAAGGUACAAUUAGCGAGACAACAGGAGUCAGUUUAUUGGCAUCUAGCUUCUCAUGGUGUUCCCAAAAGUCUACAUUGUCUAUGCCUAAAGUUGGCUGAAGAAUAUGCUGUAAAUGCUAUGGCCAGAUCUCGUCUACCCCCUCCUGAAUUUGUAUCGCGCCUUGUUGACCCUACCUUUCACCACUUAGUUCUCCUAACUGACAAUGUCCUUGCUGCCUCUGUUGUUGUAACCUCUACAGUUGAAAGUUCAAUCAACCCAGAAAAACUAGUUUUUCAUAUUGUUACUGACAAAAAAACUUAUGCUCCAAUGCAUGCUUGGUUUGCUACCAAUUCUAUUAAAUCAGUUGUAGAAGUUAGGGGAUUACACCAAUAUGACUGGUCUGAAGAAGUGAAUGCUGGUGUUAAAGAGAUGCUGGAAACUAAUCACUUAAUUUGGAAGCAAUACUAUAAUAAGGAAAAGGACCUUGACUAUACUCAAGAGCAUAGCAGAUAUUUGGAGGCUUUAAGGCCCAGCAGCCUAUCCUUGAUGAAUCAACUCCGCAUUUAUUUGCCCGAGCUCUUUCCAGAUCUCAAAAAGAUAGUAUUCUUGGAUGAUGAUGUAGUAGUACAACAUGACAUAUCUUCUUUGUGGGAACUAGAUCUUAAUGGCAAAGUCAUUGGCUCUGUAUUGAAGUCGUGGUGUGGAGACGGCUGCUGCCCUGGAAGUAAAUACACAAACUAUUUGAACUUUUCACAUCCUCCCAUAUCAUCAAAGUUUGACGGUGAUCAGUGUGUAUGGCUCUAUGGCAUGAAUAUAUUUGAUCUUGAAGCUUGGAGGAGAACAAACAUAACGGAGACCUACCAUCAAUGGUUGAAAAUUAACCUCAAGUCCGGGAUGACGAUGUGGAAUCCAGGAGUGCUUCCACCUGCCUUCAUUGCAUUUGAGGGUCAUGUGCAUCCUAUAAGCUCAUCAAUGCUUGUGACUGAUUUAGGUUAUCGCCAUCAAUCAGCAGAAAUUAGCAAAGAGAAAUUGGAAGCUGCGGCUGUUAUUCAUUUCAGUGGCCCUGCAAAGCCAUGGCUUGAAAUUGGUUUCCCAGAGGUUCGAAGUUUAUGGAGUAGAUACGUAAAUAUCUCUAAUAAGUUUAUUAGGAGAUGUAGAAUUACAGGGUGAAGGAACAAAGUUUUUUCACCUGCAAUAUUUAUUGAGAUUGAAACAGUGAUACCGUAUGGGAUUUCAGAGGGAAGAAGGUUCUGCCUUCAGUCUCUGACUCAUACGCUCUGCACAGUUUGAUAUCAGUUACGCUAUGCCAUGUCCAUAUAAUAUAGUAAAUAGAUGAAGCUGCCACGCAAUACCCUACUAGAAGCAGUAUUUAUGGUUAAGAAAGAUAUAAGCAUCAUUGAUCUAGCUGCCUGACAAUACUGUGAAUUUCUUCAUCAAAAUUACUUUUUGAAGAGGAGAAAUUGUUUUGCAUUAUUUGAAAUUUCAGUUCGUUCAAGUCUUGGAAUGUAAACUCAGAUAAAUCACUUACCAUGCAGCUUGAGAGUUUAUCCAUGUUUGGAAACACGUUCCCCACCCAACAAAUCACGUCAAAUGGGUUAAAGACGUGAAAGCUAGAACUAAACUUCUAUGCAGAUGUGAAAAAUCCAUGUUCAUGAUGUGUGACCAAACACACUUCCCUUAGUCUAGUAAAUGCUUAUUCUACGAGCCAGUCAAAUUAGUUUGUGCAUUGCUUUACAUCACUUCCACUCGUUAUUCACUUUUUGUGUAUAUGGAGCUCGUUACACAAAAGACUAAAUAAAACAAGUUUAGCAUCUAUCCAUACUCCAGAUGUAACUGGUGUAAAAUCAGAGGCAGUGUUCAAAUAAACUCAUUUGAAAAAAGAUCUCAUGCUGUUCUUCCCUAUUUUGGUCCAGGGAUUGGCUCACAAAAGACAAUUUCUGUGGUUUGGCUCUUUAAAUGUCUGCUGUAGUAUUCUGCCAUUCGGUGUGGUCCUUGAUGACAUCUACCCUUCUGCAGUAGAUCACAAUGAAUGAAACGGCCGUGGAAUAUUAUGCAGCCAAAAUUGUUGAGUACUAUUACAUUGCUGAAAGCCCCAACACAAUUUAUUGAUUUGUGCACCCCUGUGAUUACUAAAGCUUUAUAUUGAGAAAUGACAACUAUAUGUGCCACAUAACAUGAUCCGGUAACUAUAUAUACCAAAUUUGGUCUCUGUUGCAAGAAGUCAAGAACUAGAGAAAGCAACAUUGAUAUCUAUCUGCUUGGGACCAUAUUAUGCAAAAUUUUCGAACUUGCUCAAAUCAACCACGUGGAGUUAUUUGCUCAAGGCUUUCAAGUUUCAACAUAGAAUGAAACAAGAUUUGAAUUUGCAAGUAUCGGAAUUUGUCUUUUGUGGAACGAGAAUUUUGACUUCUCUGAUUUCUUAUUGACAAUGGUUAAAAGAAAUUAAUGAAGAAAGAAAAGAAUCCCCACUCUAGCUCCACUUACACAGACUGUAUAGGUUGCCACAUGUGAUCUUCUGUUUCUCUUGCUUGUUCCAGGAACGUUGGGUUAACUUUCCAUGCAUGCCAGUUGUUUUCUCCAAAUUUGUUGCUUCUCUUACAUUUCAUGAUGAGGUGAAAACUUAUGAUAAUUGUUGGGUCCAAUUGUCCAUGUUUACUAUUAGGACAAAAUUUAGAUACAUUAUUUAUUUAUUUAUUUUUGGUGAAUUUCUCCUUAAAAAGUGAUGAUUCAAGAGCUAGGCUUAUCAGGCUAUAUGGACCAAGCUGUAAUCCCUCCACUGUCAAGAGCCAGGGGUGGUCGCUGCUAUGCGAAGCUAGCCUCCACUGUCAAGAUACAUUAUUUUUGCUUGUUAAGAAGUUAUUCGUAA